AAAGCAAAGGUUUCUUCAGCGACAGUCAUGGUAGACUAAACUGAAAAAAGAAAGGAAAAAAAUUGCUAAAGUUGAAGGCACUCUACAAUCACAUUCUCUUGUUCUCUUUUUCCAACUUCAGCAACUUCAUUUCUCACUCUUCCAUUCAACAUUUCCUCAAUAAAGCAAAAUAUUCUCUUGUUUAUACACACUUUAGGUAACAAUAACUACCUAGGCUAGCACUCACUUUUACACUCAUCUUGAACUUCUUUCUUGAAUGUCUCAAGGUCAUAGAAAUUAGACAUUGAUAUUUGUCACAUACAAGGUUUUGAUUUUACUAGGAGAAAACUUCCUUGUUAAUGUUUGGUUGUUAUUUGUUUUAGGCCAAUCAUGGGAGUUAUGUUGAUAGAACAAAUUUCCAAGUUGAUAUGUUUUUGUUCAAUCAUUACAAUAUGCUUUGGUGCUACAAAUCCUAAUGAUCUAAAAGUUUUGAAUGAUUUUAGAAAAGGGAUGGAAAAUCCAGAGCUCUUGAAAUGGCCAGAAAAAGGUAACAAUGAUCCUUGUGGUCCUCCAUCAUGGCCUUAUGUGUUUUGUUCUGAUGAUAGAGUCACUCAGAUUCAAGCUAAGAAUCUUGGUCUUAGAGGAACAUUGCCACAAAACUUUAACCAACUCUCAGAACUCUACAAUUUAGGUCUUCAACGAAACAAUCUUACCGGAAUGUUGCCUAGUUUUCGCGGUUUAUCAAAAUUGGAAUUCGCUUUCUUGGAUUACAAUUCAUUUGAAGCUAUCCCUUUUGAUUUCUUCAAUGGAUUAACAAGCCUUAGGGUUUUGUCUUUGGAGGAAAAUCAACUCAAUGUUAGUACUAAUGGAUGGUUAUUUCCUUUGGAUUUGGAAAAAUCGGUUCAGUUAACUAAUCUUUCUUUGGUUCAUUGUAAUUUGGUUGGUUCAUUGCCUGAUUUUCUAGGCACAUUGCCAUCUCUCACAAAUCUAAGGCUUUCAAACAACAAAUUUUCGGGUCCGAUUCCGGCUACUUUUGCUCAAUCUUCAAUUCAGGUUCUGUGGUUGAAUAACCAAGAAGGAGAAGGUGGUUUUACAGGUUCAAUUGAUGUUAUUGCUUCAAUGGUUUUCUUAACACAGAUUUGGCUACAUGGAAACAAGUUUUCAGGUACAAUUCCAUACAAUAUUGGAAAUCUCACUUCUUUGAAGGAACUCAAUGUCAAUAGCAAUCAAUUUGUUGGGUUGAUUCCACAAUCCUUAGCAGAAAUGAAUCUUGAUUUACUUGUUUUGAACAAUAAUAUGCUAAUGGGUCCAAUACCAAAGUUUAAAGCUGCAAACUUUACUUAUGAUGAUAAUCUAUUUUGUCAAACUGAGCCAGGACUUGAAUGUUCACCAGAAGUUACUGCACUGCUUGAUUUUCUGAACAAUCUGAAUUAUCCGUUGUUUCUAAUUUCCGAUUGGUCAGGUAAUAAACCAUGCACAAGUAGUACAGGACCAUGGUUUGGAUUAAGCUGCAAUUCAAACUCUGUAUCUAUAAUUAAUCUACCAAAACAUAAGCUUAAUGGUAGUUUAAGUCCUUCACUUGCUAAGUUAAACUCACUUCUUGAAAUUAGGCUCGCUGGAAAUAAUAUAACCGGCACAGUUCCUAGUGAUUUUACUAAAUUGAAAUCAUUGAAGUUGUUGGAUUUAAGUGACAAUAAUCUUGAAUCUCCGUUACCGGAUUUUCAUGAUGGUGUGAAGGUUAUUACUGUUGGUAACCCAUUUCUUAAUAAUCAAACUGGAGGGAGUGUUAGUCCUACUAUUAGUGGCCCGAGUUCGGCAAAAAACCCUUCACAUUCUCCAUCUUCACUUAAUCAGCUAGUUCCAAGCUCAAAUCACAAAAGUUUCAAGACAGUAGCAACAGUGGCUGGAGUUGCAGUGUUUGCAGUUGUAGCUUUUGUGGUUCUUUAUCUCUUUUUAUGUUUCUUCAAGAACAAGAAAACCUCAUUGGACGUGCCGAGUUCGAUUGUGGUUCACCCUCGAGAUCCGUCUGAUUCGAACAAUGUAUUUAAAAUUGCUGUUUCAAGCAAUAACACUAGAAGCUUAUCAGGAAAAACUGGGACAAGUUCUCUGAGUAGCUUAAGUGGUGAAACUCAAAACUCUUACUUUAUUGAGUCUGGUAACCAUGUUAUAUCAGUGCAAGUGCUACGCAAGGUUACAAACAAUUUUGCAUCGGAAAAUGAACUAGGCCGCGGUGGAUUUGGAACUGUUUACAAGGGGGAAUUAGAAGAUGGAACCAAUAUAGCAGUGAAGAGAAUGGAGAAUGGAGCUAUUGGAAGUAAGGCAUUGGAUGAGUUUCAAUCUGAAAUAGAUGUUCUUUCUAAGGUUCGUCACCGACAUUUGGUAUCUCUUUUGGGGUAUUCCAUUGAAGGAAAUGAGAGACUUUUAGUUUAUGAGUAUAUGCCACUUGGGGCUCUAAGUCAGCAUCUUUUUCAUUGGAAAAAGUUCGAGUUCAAGCCGUUGUCUUGGGCACAAAGACUUGUAAUAGCCCUAGAUGUUGCUAGAGGAAUGGAAUAUCUUCACGGUCUCGCUCGCGAGACCUUUAUCCAUAGAGAUCUCAAGUCCUCUAAUAUUCUACUAGGCGAUGACUUUCGUGCAAAAGUUUCGGAUUUUGGUCUUGUAAAACUUGCCCCGAAUGGUGAAAAAUCUGUGGUAACCAAACUUGCUGGAACAUUUGGUUAUCUUGCCCCUGAAUAUGCAGUGAUGGGGAAAAUCACCACAAAAGUUGAUGUGUUCAGCUAUGGCGUGGUUUUAAUGGAACUUCUAACCGGACUAACGGCACUUGAUGAGAGCCGGUCAGAGGAAAUCCGAUACUUGGCCGAAUGGUUUUGGCGAAUUAAAUCUAACAAAGAAAAGCUUAUGGCUGCCCUUGAUCCAGCUUUGGAACCAAACGACGAAACACAUGAAAGUAUAACUAUUGUAGCAGAACUUGCUGGACACUGCACUGCUAGGGAAGCAUACCAUAGGCCAGAUAUGAGUCAUGCUGUCAAUGUACUAUCAGCACUAGUGGAGAAAUGGCGACCAGUUGAUGAUGAAUUCGAUUGCUAUUCUGCUGUUGAAGACACUCGACAACUUCCUCAAUUGUUGAAAAUUUGGAAGGAUGCAGAAAGCAGUGAGUUUAGCUAUAGUGCUGCUAGUCUUGAAGAUAGUAAAGGAAGUAUUGCAGUGAGGCCUACUGGAUUUGCUGACUCUUUCACUUCUGCUGAUGCUAGAUGAUUAAAGUAGAUUUCAUUUGAUUUUUGUGUUUCUUUUUUAUGAAUUUUACUUGGAUUCACCAUGUCUGUUUUUUUUCUUUUCUUCUCUUUCUGCAGUUAAAAGGCAUGAGUUAUUUGAUUUUAGUCUUUGUAUUGCUUUUGACACUAAAAUACUGCAGAGUACUAAUACCAAGAUGUAGAUAAAUGUUGUUUUGGUUUUUGGCCUACACAAAAAAACAAUUUAUAUUUCAUAGUAAUGAAUUUGUGUUAAAACUUACAAGGCAAGUUAUGUGUA